AUUGAAAUUUAAUGUUAACCUAAAAUUAAUAUUAAAAUAAGUAAAAACCGAUAGCAGUAUCGGCAAAAAUUGACGAAUAAUAUUCUCUGUAUUAUGUUAUAUAACCUCUGUGGAAUAGUUGGAAAGGUUACUUUCUUCUUAGUUCUCAGUAAUUACUAGCUAUCAUAUGAUAUUUGAAAAUUAAAUUGCAAAAAUUAUUAGUUUUUUGAAAGGGGAUGAUAUUUAACAGGAAUCCAUUCAGGCAUAUACAGAAUAUUGCCAGAUAAAAGCUGUUCAGUUCAAAAUCUCAAGUGAAGUAGUGGAAUAUUGAUUUCUUUCAUUCAACUUGAUUAUGUUAUUAUAGUUUCUUUUGACAAUAAAAUGCUAAAUCAACAACAUCCUCUGUUGAACACUAUAGACUCGUAUAUAGAGCCGCUUUUGAAACGCGUUUUACAAACUAAAAGGCUUGGUGUUUCUUAUGGUCCGAUAAAAUUGGAUUCAGUAUCAUCGAGUUGCAAUAAGAACAAAAAUGAUUGUUUCAAAUUAUUGAUUCCCUAUGCUGGGGAGCACCUUAUGUGGAAUGUGUUAUUUGAUUCGCAAUGUCCAGAAAUGGGUCCGGAUUUCAUAUUCAAUGAUCAAACUUUUUUAAUGGAUCCAGAUAUUGAUAUUUUAUCUACUUGGGUACCUAGUCUUGUUAAAUGGAAUCCUAACAAUACUGAUGCAUUGCUCAAUGUACUAAUGGAGUUGUUAUUGUAUUACAAGGAACAUCAGAUACAGUUACUUGGAAAACAGGGAGAUCGUUUACAACUUGAAUACAGUACACUUGUUGGAGAAACAGAGAUAUGUAAAGAAGAUAUAGAAGUGAUGUUGUUACUAGGAUUGAAGCCUAUGGAAGCACGAUUUUUAAUUCGCAUAUCUAUGGAUUAUACACGAUUACCUCCACGUAUAAAUAAGUCGCAAAAUGAUGAAGCAAUGCUUCUAGUUACAUUUUAUGGUCCAGAUUGGAAUCGUAUUUCGCCGCAACUUUAUUUAUCUAAGACCUUGGAGGACGCUAUCGGUAGGCCGGAAUCUUUACACAUUCCACCAUUACCGCCUAACAAAUAUCUAAUGGAUUAUGUUCCCGAAGUAAUAAAAUUCAUGGAAGAGAAAAUAAACAGUGCAGUUCAGUGUUUUGAAAACAGAAAAGAGUUUAUCGUGUUUUUACUUGUAUUACAGCGCGGUAGCAUAGUAGAAUAUGAUGCUAUAGAGUUUAAUUGGAUUAUUAUUCUGUUAGAACACCGAGACUUUCAUUUUCUCAUACACUUUAAUCUUCCAUCAAUAUUCCCGAAAGAAAAACCACAAAUUACAUUACAAUCGGUAUAUCAUAUGACAUCACAAGGUAUUUUAUACAGAGAAGUAUUGGAUGAUGCACCAUAUAGUCCUAGAUGGCCAAUGAAAUUGAUGGUUGACAAAUUGUUAACGUACAUAAUAGAAAAUGCUGUUCAAAAGUUUCAGGCGAACUCUGUCAAAAAUAAUCGUUUUUAAUAAUUUAUUCUGAAAAAAAGUUAUAUUUUAUUAUAAAGAAUGUUUAAUAGUUGCAAUUGAAAUAAAGACUAUUUCGUUCCAAUGUAA